AAUAAUCGUAAAAUUAAUUACAAAAUAAAAUGGAGCCAAGGAAAAAGUUUCUUCGAUUUCGAAACGAAAAGAUAAUUUUUUUCACUUUCACUGGACUUAUGCUAGCUGUUUAUUUGUUUGAAUUUUUCAUCAUUCUACCAAGAAUUCAGGCUUCAGAUCCAACAUUUCAUAAAGGAAUUCAUAUAUUUUUUGGUACUCUUAUAUUAAUCAAUGCAUAUUUGAGCGUGUGGAAAUUUAUUACAACCGAUGCAACAAGUGGAAGCAGGGUUCUGCCAAGUUCGUUAGAAAAAGGUUGGAAAUAUUGCUGGAAAUGUGAAGCCAAUGCUCCUCCAAGGUCUUAUCACUGUUUCACGUGCCACAAAUGCAUCUUAGUUCGAGACCAUCACUGUGUUCUUGUGUCACAUUGUGUCGGACAUGCCACGAUGCGAUAUUUUCUAAGUAUGCUGAUGAAUAUGUGGGUCGCCCUGCUUUAUUCAAAUAUUUUGAAUUUCGAUUUCGUAUGGGAGGUGUUCCAUGUAUUACAGCCAAAGACAUUACUAACGAUGUUCGUACCAUGGUUAGCUUGGGUUCUCGGUUAUGCUGAAUCUGAGACAUUUGUAAUGGCGAUCAUGACCUCGAUAUGUCUGCUAGGGUUCAUGUAUUGCACUGUGAUGUUGGGUUGGCAUGGAAGAAACCUGUUAAAGGGUAGAACCUGCCAUGAGAUGGCCAAGAAGAUUGGUUUUAACUACGAUUUAGGAGCAGCUGAAAAUAUUGCGCAAGUCUUCGGCGUAAAUUGGAAAUACGCAUGGAUUUCUCCGAUCAUACCAAGUCCGCUGCCGGGGGAUGGAAUAAGUUUCAAAGAGAAAGAAUUUGUAGAGCGGAACGGGAAAGGAUUGUGAAUCAUAAUUCAGCAUUAUUAUUUCAUUAUUUAGUAUAAUUUUAAGAAAUUUCAAAUAAGCCCAAGUGA